UCACCAACUCUCCCUGAUUGUCCUGAAGUUUCUGGGAAUUGGAAGAUUAAAUUCCCAAGGGCUCAUGCCUCUCCUCACCCUCCGUCUCCUGCGAGGGAAGGUUGGACGGAACUGCAGAUGUCGCCUGGAGCAUCGACGCAUCUUCAAGUUCAGUCCACAGGAGAUGUGCUUGCUGUGGGAGAAGACGAGAAUGCUGUCAAGCCAGAGAAUCCAUUGGUAUUGAAUGUUCUCAAGAGUCAAGUGACAAAAGGCUGUAGUCGCUUUCUACCCAAGGGCACCAAGGCAAAAGUCAACCUGGAGGAUCAAGGGCGACAGAAAGUGUCUUUUACCUUCAACGUAACAAAGACUUUACGGAAUAGGUUCCAAAGUGCCAUUGGGAGUGAACUGGAUGAAGUCAAGAUUCCCCCUCUGACAUUGCCUCCGAUUUCGGUGAAAGGGAGCCAGGACAAUAAAAGUGACUCUGAUUCAGCUGAUGCUACUGAGACCACUACCUCACCACCAAAAUCCAAGGUAGAGUGGAGUAAGGUACAUUUCAAGAAGAAGCAUCUCACCGAUGCAGCUAAACCGGCAGGUUUGCCAGACAGGGAACUGUGCAGCUCAUCAGUGGAGGAACCUGUGGAUGUAGCCGCUAAGAAAGAUUGUACAGGAGGAACGGAAACUGUGAUAAAGGUGGCUGCUGAACCAAAGCCAUCAAAACAGAAUCUCAGUACAUCCCACAUUGGGAAGGGUGAUAACUUGGAGGAAUUUAAGAAUGUUUCCUCAUCUUCGGAAAACGAUGAGCUUAGGAAGGUUACCCAAGCAGAAGAAGCAGUGCAUGCACAAUCAGCUGGCUCUGAGUCUGAUGGGGAUUUAUUAAGGAGAUCGCAAGAAAUAAGAAACACUGAAUCCGAUCGAGAUGUUAAGAAAAAUCCAACUUCUUCCAAAGUGGAUGACGUUGAAAAAGCGUUCUCUCAUGCCAAGUCUGACAGGGAUAAGAGGAGCAGUGGCCGUUCCAAGUCUGAUCGAGAUGUUAGAAGGGCUUCAACGCGCUCGAAGUAUGGAAGAGAGGAAAGGGUCAGUUCUUCUCGAUCCCGUUCUGAUAGAGACUCGCGGGUACCCUCUUAUUCAAAAUCGGAUCGUUCAAGGACCUCUUAUUACCGUGAUAAGGAUAGAGGAUAUCGUAGAAGCUCACCUCACUCAGAAAGGAGCAAAUUUUCUCGUUCCAAAUUGGUGUCAGAUUUAAGAGAUGCUUCCUCUUGUUCAGAUUCUGAAGAAGAUUCUAGAAGAUAUUAUCCUAGAUCAAAUGACUUGAGAAGGGCUUCAUUGUGUUCUAAAUCCUAUAAAGACUCUCGCAAGUACCAAUCACGAUCCGACAGAGAUCUGAGGGCAACUUCAUCUUGCUCUGAGUCGGAAAGAGAGUCUAAAAGGACUAAAUUUCAUUCUAAAGCAGAGAAAAUUUCUAGAGCAUCAGCUUCCUGUCACGAGUCAGAAAUCUCCAAAAUUAAUUCUCCUGAACCAGAGUUAGAUUCCAGGAAAUUGUCCAAAUCGGACAGUCAUUCAAAGGUAUCUUCAUUUCAUACAAAGUCAUCAACCUCUUGUCAUAAACCAGAAGUAGUUAAAACAAACUCAUCUGACCUGGAAUUAGAUUGCAGGAAAAUUACCAAAUCCGAUGCUCUUCCAAGGACAAGUACAUCUCAUUCCAAAUCUGUAACCUCUUGCCAUGAAGUCAUAGUAAAGAGGGAUUCUCCUGAGUUAGAAAUGGACUUAAAAUGUUUUAAAUUGGACAGUACCACCAAGACACUUCCACCUCAUUCCAAGUUAUCCACUUGUGGAAUUGCUCAAAGUGACUGCCCAGAGCUAGAAUCAGAUUCCAGAGGCAGCCACAAUACAGAUAUUAAUUCAAGGAUAUCACCUUUACAUUCUAAAUCAACUACUUACUGUGAAAUGGAGGUAGUUAAAAUGGAGUCUUCCGACCCAGAAUUGGACUCUUGGACUAAAAGUCGACUAGAUAAGAAUUCAAUGGUAGCUUUAUCACAUUCUAAGUCAACUACUUGCUAUGAAAUGGGAAUAGUUAAAAUGGACUUUGCAGAGCCAACUUUAGACCCAUGGACAAACAGGUUUGACAAGAACUCAGUUGUAACCCAAUCUCAUUGUAAUUCAGCUACUUGCUACGAAACGGAAGUAGUUAAAAUGGAAUCCUCUGAACCUGAUCUCAAAUUGGACUCUUGGAAAAGCUGUACAUUAGACCGGAAUUCGAGGAUACCUGUAUCUAGUUCCAGGUCCUGUAAAUUGAGGACUUUGCCUCUUUACACAUCUGACAAGGAAUUAAGGAGGAUUUCAUGUUCUGAGUCAGAAGAUGAAUUCAGAGAGUUUCCUGAACUGCACAUGUCAGGAACAAUACAGACUAUCUCUAGAUCAGAUCAGAUUUGUUCCUCAUUUGAUCACCAAUCGGACAAUUAUGUAAGCACUUCGCCAUAUUCCACAUCAGAUUUACCAAGGGUGUUCUGCCACUCAAGAUUCACGACUGAUGUAGCUGGAAAUUCGCCUAAUUCUAAAUUAGAUAGACCCUUAGCAAAGGUUUCAUCUUACUCAGAAUCAGAGGAAGAACAGGGAUCUUUACCUCAUUGCAAAGUUGAUUUGAUGGUUUCUUCUCGUUCUGUAUCAAAUGAAUUGCUGUCCAUGCCCCCUUUCAUAAUUAAGGAUUUGAAUACCUCCCCUCAUUGCAGCUCUGAAUUGGCCCACCCAAAACUGGAGCAAUUCAGCACUUGGCACCACACCAAGGAGAAGGAGAUUUUGCCCUGUCCCAAACAGGAUGAAGCUGCAUCCAUGUCCCAUUCAAAUUUAGAUGUAGCAAGGACUGUUUUGGCUAAUGCCAAAAGUUGCACAAAUGAAGCUAAGCACAUUGGUGACAAACCAACAGAAAGUAGGGACGUUGAUAGUCGAAGAGAGCAACAAACCAGUGAAGGAGAUAAAUUGAAGCAAGAUAGACUGUUCCAGAAUUGCAAAAAUAAACCAAAUGCAGAUGUUAGCGACCAGAAUUGGGAUUCGUUUGAGAAGGUUAGAUUGUACACAGAUUUGGCCAGCCACCUUGCUUCUGAAAUGCAGGAGUCUUCAGAAGUGAGGACCCAAAAUCUGUCAAUUAAUAAUGAAGGUAUGUCUUUCUCUGCCAGGCCAGAUAGUUCUGUUAAAGUAGAGCCAGAGCAAUCAAUGGAAAUCUUUCCAGUUGAUGAAGAGACCGAUGAUGAAUUGGCUGGGGAGGUGGCCACUGAAAGACCGUUACCUUUGUGUGUGACCAACCUGCCGAGCUCAAAUGAAGCAGAGCGUAGUUUACAGAAUUACAAAACCAAAUCUGAUUGUGAUAGUAGCUGCAUGAAGACAGAAUACAGCAAUGCAAACUCUGAAAAUGAAGAAGGCUUAGAGGUUGUCAAGAGUAGCAGUGAACAGGAGAGUGAAGAAAGUGAAACAAGCUCUGAUUCUGACGAUAGUGGAGUUCCCAGGAACCGUUUGCAGUCUGUUGUGAUCAUUCCCAAGAAUUCUACGUUAACAUUAGAGAAGAGCUUGUCAUCCUCUCCUUCAUCAUCCUCUUCAUCUACCAGAAGCAACCAUCAGGAAAAGAAGCAGUCAAGCAUUGAAGGAGGUCAGAGAGAAGCAGAAGAGAAAUCCAGUCAAGGACAUCAACCAAGCAGUAUUCAACUUGGAAGUGACCCCCAGGAGUUAGCUGGUGGCCAGGUUCCCGGUGAAGAAGUGGUUCAGGACAGCCUGUUAUUCUCCCUUACAGCAGGAGAGGACCCACCACAGGCCUCUUCAAGUCAGAUCUCCCCCAUUACUGAGGCCUGCAGAAGCAACAAACAGCAAUUGUCAAGUGACAAGGCAGAUAGUACCAGUCAGCCUGAUAGGUUUUCACCAGACCGAAAUCGGCUCCCACGGCUGGAUGAAAAACCUGGGUCUGUAGAGUCUCCACAUGUGGAUGGAUCUGCAGAACACCACCAUCACCAGCUGCCUGGUAGCUACUUGGACAGUCCUGCGUCUGGAGAGAGCAUUGCUCAGCCGUCCAGUAGGUUAGAGAAAAACCUCAAAGAAAAGCCAGACAGUGGGCAAGCCGUGCCUUGGUUGCAACAGCAGGCCCGAGAUGAAGAGUCGCUUUGCAGUCCAGAGUGUGUUGUUGACAGCCAUGACUGGGACCUCUGUCAGCCAGAGAAGCCAAGCAGCAGUUGCCAACAACCGGAUAGCAGUUAUGGACUGUGUCUGAAAUAUGAAAAUCAAACAGAAGAAGCAGACUUACGUGACCAAAGUAGUUGCUGGCAAGAUAGCAAAGCCAAUUACUGGGAUCCCAGGUUACACUCCAAGUCAGCAUUGUAUAGCAGUUGUCAGUUGAGUCAAGAUAUUUCUGGCUCAGAUGUUCAAGGUCAGGUGCAGCCUGACUCUAUGACCGAUGACUUUGCAAGCUAUGAUACCUGGGAGGCUGUGACCCGAGACCCACGGACUGUUGCCAAAGGUGUAAGCUCUCUACAAGCUCAUGAAAUAACCAGCAAUUCUAGUAAGGGGACCACUCUGGUGCUGAAGGCCAGCGACUCAACGGCAGAUAAAGAGCCGAGGGUCAAAGGGUCAGAGAAAAGGUUGGAAGAUGACCAGGGGGACUCCCAGAAGGCACAGCAAGAGGACGUGGACACUGACUUGGAAAGUGAUACUGACACACGGGACUGUGAGCAGGUGAACACCGAACUUGAUUCACGCCCCAUGUUGCCCUGCAAAGAAUGGGUCACACUAGUGUGCAAGAUGGAAGACUUCAAAAACACUCAGUGGUGGAAGGAACAGUCAAAGUUGGGAUUGAUGCCGCCUUACUUUGAGCUAAUUGAAGAGAAUUUGUAUUUGACAGAGAGGAAGAAAAGUAAGUCGCACCGUGACAUCAAGCGCAUGCAGUGUGAAUGUUUACUAUCCAGAGAAGACCGAGAACGAGGAGAGCUGGCGUGUGGUGAAGACUGUCUCAACAGGUUACUCAUGAUAGAAUGCUCGUCGAGAUGUCUGCAUGGAGAGUACUGUACAAACCGGAGGUUCCAGAGACGGCAGUAUGCUGAUGUGGAAGUCAUCCUCACCGAAAGGAAAGGCUGGGGUCUGCGAACAGAUAAAGACUUGUCAGUGAAUAGUUUUGUACUGGAGUACUGUGGGGAAGUGCUGGAUCACAAGGAAUUCAAGGCGAGAGUUAAGGAGUAUGCCCGCAACAAAAACGUCCAUUACUACUUCAUGGCACUGAAGAACGAUGAGAUCAUUGAUGCUACUCUGAAAGGAAAUUGUUCACGCUUCAUGAACCACAGCUGUGAGCCGAACUGUGAAACUCAGAAGUGGACAGUAAACGGGCAACUACGAGUUGGAUUUUUCACAACUAAGACGGUUCCAGCUGGGACAGAGCUAACCUUCGAUUACCAGUUUCAGAGAUAUGGGAAAGAGGCUCAGAAAUGCUUCUGUGGGUCUGCAAAUUGUCGCGGGUACCUGGGUGGUGAAAACCGUGUCAGCAUCCGGGCUGCUGGAGGGAAGGUUAAAUUAAAGGACAAGGAUCGGUCCCGAAAGAAAGACUCUGUGGAUGAAGAACUAGAGGCAUUCCUAGAGAAUGGUGACGGAUUGUGCGACUCAAACCAUGUGCUCAGUUUAACUCGGCUGAUGGUCCGCAUAGAGACAAUGGAGCAGAAGCUGACCUGCCUGAAAAUAAUACAGAACACACACUCACAGAGUUGCUUGAAGUCCUUUCUGGAGUACCAUGGAUUAUCCCUGCUGUGGAUCUGGAUGACUGAGCUUGGCGAUAGCCGAGGGAACUCCAGCAACAAUAUUAAGUUUCAGACUGAAAUCAUGAAGACCCUGGAACUGCUACCAAUCUCCACCAAGAAUAUGUUAGAGGAAAGCAAGCUCCUGCCUAUUAUUCAGCGUUGGGCUCAAACAAAGGCCUCCGCUCCUCAGAUCAGCGAGGCAGAUGGUUACUCGAGUGAAAAUACCUCCCGUGCACAAACACCGCUGAACACACAGGAUCCUGCGUUGAAGCAGAGCACCGAAGCUGACACUGACCCCUCCAAAAAACUGGUGAUGAAGAGGCUGAAGAUCAUGAGUGAGAACAGCAUGGACAGUGGCCUCUCUGACACGAGUAAAGCCUCCGAUGGAGAGGUCGAGGUCAAAGAGGUGAAGGACGAGGUUGUUACUACGAUUGAACCGUUGCCAUGCCUACCGCUGGACGAAGAGGAGCCACCAGGCCAGGUGCCAGCUGAUGAUGGAGAGGGCCAAGAGACGGACCCUGCUUCAAAAACGACCAAUGGGACAAAGCUGGAAGAGGGGAUCUUGGUGGAGACACCGUCGCAGGAUGAAGAGGAAGGCGUUUCUGAUGCAGAGAGUGAGCGAAGCCAGGAACAACCCGGUAAAAUUGAAGAUGUGAGUGAGCUGGCAAUGAAACUGCUUGAUGUCUGGAAGGACCUGAAGGAAGUGUACAGAAUUCCCAAGAAGGAUCGAAGCCAAACAGAACGGGAAAGUACUGAGCGCAGCAGGGAUGGGGCGUCACAGAAGGAUGUUUCUCAGGUUCCGAAGACUCCAGUAAACGUGGGUAAAGAAAAGGAUGCUGACAAGACACUUAGCAAAGAUCGUAAAAAACGUAAACCAGCAACUUCGCCACCACCUUCAGCCUAUGAGAGAGAAGGACUGAAAAGAUCUGUCCCAGAUGAAAGAUACGACGGUGCAACACCAGCUAAGAAGAAGAAAACCAGGAGUAAACUAUCUACAGAGGAACGGAGGAAGCUGUUUGAGCAAGAGGUAGCACAAAGGGAAGCGCAGAAACAGAGCUUGUACCUGGUACAACAGCAGCAGCAGCAACAGCAAAUACAACCCAUUUGUGUUAGCUCGCAGGUGCCUUAUGACUCUGGAACGUACAGCAACUCUCACACGAGCUUUGCCAGUUACCCGCCGGGCUACCCUCUACAGACUUAUGUUGACCCGGUCAACCCAAACGCUGGCAAAGUGCUCCUGCCAACACCAAACAUGGAGCCCUUGUGCCCUCCGCAGAUGGGCUACGAGCACCCGCAGCCACUGUUGUCGGAGUCGGUGCCAGCAGGGCACUCCACGGUUCAGCAUCUGUCACCUCAGGUAGAAGUCCAGGGGCAACAGUACCUGGCUCAGGCUCCUGUCGUCAUCGCCCAAGACCCAAACGUGGCAGCAAUACAAGUAUCCGGUACUCAAACAACCGGGCAGAGCUAUGGAGUGUGGGAUCCCAACCAGCAGACAAUGGCAGUGCACCAGCAAUAUUCCAGUGGGCAGCCCCAGGCGCCAAUUUAUUACCAGGGACAGCCGUGCCAGCCUGUUUACAGUAUAUCCUCUCCUUACGGACAAACUACUCAGCAAAUCGUCCAGAGUUACACUCAGUCAAGUCCUGACUGCGGACAGGGGCAGCAGUGUUUCCUGGCUCACCCACAGGGUGCUGUUGCACAGCCAGCAGCAGGAAUGCUCGUGACAUCAUCAGCCCCAUCCUACCAGCAACCUGGGCAACCACAGACUGUACAACAGCCGGAACUGAUAGUUGUCAACAGUCUUCACGAUUUGCCACCUCCUUCGCCUCCAAAGCCGAAGACCAUCAUCCUCCCCUCUAACUGGAAGACUGCUCGGGACCCAGAGGGAAAGAUUUACUACUACCACGUGAUUACCAGGCAAACGCAGUGGGACCCGCCGUUAUGGGACGGAGGCAGCGACGACAUGAGUGUGGGUCACGAAGCUGAAAUGGAUCUUGGGACUCCCACAUAUGAUGAACAUCCAGCCAAGGACCCAAUGCUCACUGAGUUACAUGGACAGGAUGGGAGUGGAGACGGGACACCUAACUCAUAUAGCCAGUUACCAAAGUCCUUUAUAUCUCUUGUUCAGUCAUCCAAGAAAAAGCCUAAAACAGCAGAGGCUGACACCUCAACCGAACUUGCCAAGAGAAGCAAAGAGAUGUUCAGGAAGGAGAUUUCCCAAUUCAUUGUUCUGUGCCUGAAUCCCUACCGGAAACCUGACUGUAAAUUAGGACGAAUCGUAGCAACAGAGGACUUCAAGCAUUUAGCUCGGAAGUUGACACAUGGAGUCAUGAACAAGGAGCUGAAACAAUGCAAAAAUCCUGAGGACCUCGAGUGCAAUGAAAACGUGAAGCAUAAAACCAAGGAAUACAUCAAGAAGUACAUGCAGAAAUUUGGCGCCAUUUACAAGCCUAAAGAAGAACCAGAUGUGGAUUGAAUAAUAAACCCCUCUCUGUUCCUUCUCCCCAGACCUGCCCUGUCCUUGAGCAGAAACCCAUUGUGAAUCUAUAACUAGCUUCUCAGUCUCCUCAUAGCUAUCUGUAUUAUACUGUUUUAACGCAUAUGUGAAUAUAUUGAGAAGGCAAAGAAACCACUUUCUAGUUAACGACUAGUCCCUGUUCACUCUGAUAAUUUUGUUUUUAGAGGGAGGGAGGUUGCAGGGUCAAGGAGGGUUUCAUCGUUCUCCCUCUUUUACUGUGUAAAUACUAGAGUAUUGGUUAGAUAUCAACUCAUUCUGACUGUAUAUCACCGACAGUCAACGGAAAACUGUCGUACUUUAAAAGAAACAUUUUACUGUAUUAAAUUUUUACGGACUUUUUUAUGUAAAGAAAAUGUUUAAAAAACUUUUUUGCUUUCAAUUUAAUGUCAGCGAAAAGAGAAAUUGUGAUGAUGAGUGUUUUUGGGGGAAAAGUUUUAAGACUUUUUUUUGUUUUUUUUAAAACUUGUGCAAAAUGAUCUGUGACUAGUACUGACUUAAAGGUUCCUUUUGUUUUGUUUGGAUAGUGGGCGAUGGUGUUUAUUCACUGACUGAGCAAAGGUUAUACAAAAUGAAUUUUAAUUCUGAUCAACCUUUCUGUCCCCCCACCCCAAUCUCCCUCCCAGAAAAAUGCAGGGAGUAACCAGGCCAAACAAGGCCAGGAGGAAGGUUCUCAGUUCAGCUCCCUCACCCCAUCAGAUAUGUUGAGUUAGCUGAUCUCGGCCGCUCUGGGAUGCUUGGGGAAGCCUUUUAGUGUUAAAGGCUCUUAUAUUUGAUAGUGAUUGGGAAAUGCUGAAGGCUUUGGACAGCCUUCUUGGCUCUCAGUAACUAUCCUGUCUUUACCCCCUUCGUUUGCACACACAUACACACCCCACUCCCACACACACCCCCACUUUUCUCCCACCUCCUACCAGAGGGUGGGAUUGAGAAUAGGGGUUUUGGUCUGCUGUGAUGCCCCCUGCAGUCAAAUUGGCUUUGGUCACUAACGUAAUCUUGAUGUCGUGUGCUGAAUUGUGUCUCAGGGUGCAGCACUCAUAUAAUUCCUAACCCUUUUGUUCUGUUGAGAGAUUAGGGUCUUCAUUAACUUAAUAUUUUUUACAAGGUGCAGUGGAAACUGGAAGGAGCAAUUUUUGUGAGAAUGUGCAGCUAUAUUUCUUUUGGUUUUGCUUCCAAUCCUGAGCGAGGUUACAAACACCAUCGGCAAAACUAGAGUUAGCAAGUCACUUACAAAUCUCACCGCCACCACCCGCACCCCCUCCCCGCCACCUCCCGGACCUCUCUUCCCCAGCCGAUAAUUACCAUCAUGACUUUAGACCAAACUGUCAGCUCUGGUGAUUGGGGCCAGAAUGGAUCGGGCGCUCAUUUUGCUGCUUGGCCGUGGAAGUUGUUGGGUGUUGAGGGAGGGUUUAGAACAGGUGGCUGACCUAUGACCACCCAAUUCCUGAGUCUUCCCUUCUCUGGCUGCAACUGAAAAUUCUGUCCAAACAUCCUGGUUAGGCUUGAGUAUUUUGAUACGUGAGCCAAUCUGAUAUUUAAAAGAAUGUUUUUGAUGGUGGAAUUUUUUUAAUUAUUAAUUAAAUUAAAGCAUACUAUACGGCAGGGGGUGCAGGAAAUAUGAUGUAUUAAAUAUUUAGUGUCUGGUAGUGAAACCUUUGAUGAAAUCUCCAGUUUGACAAGUGAUUCAAUUCUGUACUAUAAACUGAGAAUUUUUUUUACAAAGCACAGUUCCCCAAGUUUUUUUCUGAAACAAUUAAACUGUUAUGGAAACCAGCCUUGCAUUGACACAAUCCUAAGGACUGAGGUCGGCGCUUGAAUGUUCUCCCCUCUCUCGCUUUUUCUUUCUCUCUCUCUCUCUCUCCCCCUCCCCCUCCCUCCCCCCCUCUCCCUCUCUCUGGGGAAAUAAGUUUCAGUGAGUGCUCUCUGGUAAGUGGCUUGUGUGUUUGUAACUUUACGACUUGCAGAGAUUUCACUUGGUGCUAGGAGCUGGAUAUUUGCAGGGAUGAAUGUGUAUUUUUAAAAGUAAACAAAAAAAAUUGUUUGAAA